AAAAGACUUAGACUAAAAACAGACCUAAAACUGAAUCAUGAUGGAAUCUAACCCCACCUCCCUCGCUUCUUUUCCUCCCUGUUUCAUUGAAACGUCACUCUGUGAGCACGUUCCUCUUCUGUGAUUGGGUAAACACCCCACACCACGCCCCCCGCUCCCUUUGAAGUGAAUAAAAGCGAGGCAAGGCUCCGCCCCCCGGCACAGCUGCUCGGACUACAGAGGAGCGAGGAGUCUCGCUGUGGGGACGGAGACCGGCUGGCUGGUGGACGUGGAGGAUCUAGUGGAGCUUAAUGGACAUGAGUGGACGUUUCUCGAGGUGAUUUUUUUUAUUUGCACGUGCUCAUUAGCUUUGACUGUUUGAGAAGACUUUACUUUUUAUAUAAAAGCCUAUAAGAUGCCUUUCCCGCCUAUAAACCUCCACUCGCGGAUAUCCUCCCCUGGAAAGGAGCUUUUCAGGAAGAAGAAGCCCAGCUCCGGCGUCGUGCCUCCUCAGUCCAUGCUCAUCCACAAGCCCAGAGCGGACAAGGACAUGGAGAAGGAGAUGGAGAAGGAGGAGGUGGAGAGGGAGAGGGAGAGACUGGGCACGUCGUGGCCGGCGUCUAAUAAUCUGAAGCAGCUGGCACGAAAACAGCAUCAGCACCACCACCAGCAUCAUCAGCAUCACCAGGAGCAUCCUCAGUAUCAUCAGCAGGUUGCCAAAACGAGCACGGACAGCGUGGGGGUGGUGAGCACGGAGCACGGUGGUAAAGGGUCGUCGUGGGUGACCGUGGCCAAGCCGCUGGGCAGCUCGUGUGAGAGCGUGCCGCGCUCGAGCUCCGGAGAGUCGGCGGCAGCGUCAUCAUCGGCGGCGCCCCGCGGAAGCCGGCACUCCUCCCGGGCCUCGCUGGGCAGGGAGGAGGCCGGGGAGCAGGAGGUGCGCUUUUCGCUCAGCCUCACGCCCGAGGCCGUGCUUGUCAUCCAGAAGCGCAACCUGGAGAAGCAGAUGCUCGCCAAGCAGCAGAAGUGCUGCGGCUCCUCGGACUUCAGGCACCGCCGCGUCUUCCCCUCUAAAAGGGCGGCGCAAAGCGGCUCCAAGAGCUCGGCCGGGCAGGCGGCGGCGGUGCGUCCGGACGCCCCCGGAGACAUCAGCGCCAUCGUGAAGAUCUCGCUGCUCAACGACCAGCACAAGUACGACGACGUGGAGUACGAGGAGGAGGACGGGGACGUGGACGAGACGGUGAUGAGGAAGUGUAAGGAGUGGCUGAAGGGCGUGGAGAGCGCCGCCGCCUUCAGCAAGGUGGACAGCAAGCUCGCGGCGCUGCCGCAUCUCAAGAGCUGCUGACCGGCGAGGAACACCGGGGAUGUACGGGGGACUCGGAGCGCCAGCUCGGCACCGGACUGUUGUUUAAUGUCCGUUUAUCCUUUGCACUGCUCGCCUGUUUCCACUCAGGUCCGGUUCAGCUGAUUGAUUGGACGGCGAAAACAAGUGGCGACCAAUCAGCGUUCGAUUGUUGAUUGUUUGUGCCGGGAAAGAGGCUGUCUAAGGCUGUCACAGCCACCUGCCGACGGGGUUAGUUUUGCACGGGGAGGUGGGUAGUGUGGAUUAUUUUGUGUGUUACUGGUGUGUACGUACAUACAUUGAAAUGAAAAGAUAGAUGAACAUCUUCAUCAAUCAGUUGGUUUGAGAGUGCUUGCUGAAAUAACCACCCAAUAAGCGAGCAUGGUUAUCUGCGAACAUUAACAUCAAAAAAUACAACAUAUACAAAAACAAAAAGGCAAUCGAAUAGAAAUAGGCUAUCAAAUAUAUGAAUUGGAAUUGCAUUAGUCAGCGAAGGAAGUGCUGGAGUAAUGUAAUGUCAUUACAAAAAAAAGAACAAAAAGCGAACAAAAGCAGACAUUAAAAACACAUAGAAAAGGUUAACGUUUUUUUUUUAUUAUUAAAGAUGUUGAUGUACAAUUUACAAGUGAUAUAUAUCGUAGUAUAUUCAUACACCACUCAAUAUCGCAGCAUUAGUGCUGUCCAAAUCUGCCAGCUCAGAUCUGACCCCUACAGCAUCAGGUUACCUGAGAACAUCGACAUCAAAUCGUCUACAAAAACUAAAAAGCGAAAUAUCCAAAGAUUUGGAAUUGUACAGCUAAGCGCUGGAGUGUGACGACAAAAAAAAAGGUUUUGUAAAUGUGCAAAUUCUCUAGAACCCCAAGUUUUUGGCUAGAAAAUACCAUUUUACUAUAAUUUUAAGUGUAAUUUACAAGUGGUAUCAUAUUUACUACAAUUUACACCACUCACCACAGUUGCAGCAUUAGUGCUGUCCAAAUCUGCCAAUCAAAUCUGACCCCUCCAAUAUCAUAUUAUGGCAUGUGGAUCAAUUUUCCAACUCAGCAUUAAGACAGAUAUUUCUCAAGCUCUAAGCAGGUAUUUAGUUGUGUUCGUGUACGAGUGGUGAAGCAGAAGUCUGUGAAUGAAAAGAAAGAAGCCUCAAGUGUUGUACAUUAUUGCAACAUACACAUUACUCAAGCAUUUCCCAAGGAAUUAUGGGAGAAGAAACAAUUCUGGCAGCUAUAGCUUCUGCACUCCUGCAAAAACAAAGAAACAAAGAUGCUAAACUGUCUUGUCAUGGAUCUACUACUCCUAUCUCCUCUCAAAUAUAUAUAUAUAUAUAUAUAUACAUAGGUCUGUCAUUUAAACUAAGAUUUCAUGCACAACUAAGAUGUCACUUCACAGUCAUGUCGUCCAGUGUAAAAAUGACAUUACCACACCUCCCUGUGCAACACUAAUCCUGCCUGAACAGGGCUUUUUUAAAGACGGCGAUCUUUGGAUGUCUGACUGAAAAGAAAGGAGAAAAAAAACACUCAGAAGUUUUGUGCAAAACCUGCACGGAAAUGUGUUUAAAGAAACCAGCCUUGUACAGUAUUUAUUUUAAAACGUUAAGCUGUAUUUGUUUUGUGGUAAAUAUCUUGUCAUUUUUAAAGGUUUUUAAGAAAUAAAAGGUAAAAUUGGA